UGCCCUGCACACAGGGAUGCCCUGUGCCUCCACCAGGGUGACCAAAAGCUACGUCCAGGGGGCUUCAGACAUUCCCCUUCUCAACAAAACCGUGGGCCAGUGCCUGGAUGAGACUGUUGAGCGGUUUCCUGGGCGGGACGCCUUGGUCUUCUGCCACGAGGGGGUUCGGAAGACGUUUGCUCAGUUCAAAGAGGAGGUGGACCAAGCAGCUGCUGGGCUUCUGGCUCUUGGCCUGAAGAAAGGAGACCGGCUGGGCAUGUGGGGUCCCAAUAAAUAUGAGUGGGUUCUCAUGCAGUUUGCAACUGCCCAGGCAGGGAUCAUUCUGGUAUCUGUGAAUCCAGCCUACCAGGCCCUUGAGCUGGAGUUUGUCAUCAGGAAGGUUGGCUGUAAGGCACUGGUGUUUCCCACUCAAUUUAAAACCCAGAGAUACUAUGAUAUUCUAAAGCAGUCAUGUCCCGAGCUAGAAAAAUCCAGUCCAGGGGGAAUAAAGAGCAAAAGGCUACCUGACUUAUCCAUUGUCAUCACAGUGGACUCCAAGCUGCCUGGCACCUUCCACAUGGAUGAAGUGAUGCAGGCUGGGGACAGCAGCCAUAUGAAGCAGUUAAGAGCCGUGCAGAAGACCCUCUCCUGCAAUGAGCCCGUCAACAUCCAGUUCACCUCAGGGACAACAGGAAGCCCCAAAGGAGCCACCCUCUCUCACAGGAACAUUGUGAAUAAUGCCAACCUGAUCGGCCUGAGGCUGGGGAUCACGGAGCAGGACUGUCGCCUGGCCAUGCCCGCCCCCCUCUAUCACUGCCUGGCAUCGGUGGGAGGCUGCAUGGUGAUGGCUCUGCACGGCUCCUCCUGCAUCUUCUCGUCACCCAGUUUCGAGGGGAAGGCUGCUCUGGAGGCAGUGGCUCGAGAGAAAUGCACCUUUCUCCAUGGCACCCCGACCAUGUUCAUAGACAUGCUCGCCCAGCCGGACUUCGACUCCUACGACCUGUCCACCCUGCGGGGAGGAGUCAUUGCAGGUUCCCCCGUUCCCCCUGAGGUCAUGAAGAUGAUUAUGACCAAGAUGCACAUGCCGGAGAUCGUGGGUUGGCUCCGUCCCUGA